AUGCGACAGGCCCGCAUUACGUUCGAUGCUCCGCAAUGGCAGGUGACAAAAUCAGACGCCUAUUUCUUGCUCGGUACCUCACCGGAAUUCGAAUUGGCCGCAUACACAACCGUAUUUCUGUUUCGUGUUCCCGGAAAGCUAACUGCUGCCAAAUGUCCAAUCUUUCUGAUAUGUAAUCGAGACUACUAUCGGGACUGGCGUCCGGCCACGUGCUACCCGAAAGACAAAUUUCUCUGA